AAGUCGCUGUUGUUCAUUCUAGAUCAGAUCGAGGCAAGGCUUUAUUGACAUUCACUUUGUUUCCUGACACCGUGAUCGCGAGCUGUUGAUUUAGGAAUGUUUGUCGCAAGUACGCAAAAGUGUCAAUAAGCAGGACCACGCCGCCGUGCUUUGCUUGUUUCCGGUGUCGCGCUAUCUGCGGUCCAAUUUUGGCCACCUUAGUCAGUACUUGGAGAAUUUUUCUGACGAAAUGAAACCUAAAUUGGACGCAAUGGUCAGAUCUGUCGAUUCGCUGUGUUUGUAUGCGUUGGAAAAGUUUAUCGCCCAUGUCAAGAGCGACCAGGAUAAAUUCAUCCCCGAAGACGCGACUGUCCACCAGUUGACAAGCAACGCGUUGAUGUUCGUUGAUCAGUUAGUAGACUUGAAGGACUGUCUGGCUACGGUCCUGACUCAAAAUUCCAACGAUUCGCCUAAUGAUGCAAUUCCAACUUUCUUUGCCCGCAUACUGUCUGCUCUUGGAUUGAACCUGCGCAACAAGGCUGAACUUUAUGCUGAUCCUGCCCAAAAAGCAAUAUUUAUGCUCAACAACACGAAUCACAUCGUGAAAAUCUUGCGCAAAUCCGGUGUCAUGAAGCUGGUGUUGCAGCAAAACAGAGAAGUCGAGGGAUAUUACAACGAGCAGCUGAAGUUAUUCAAGACACAAUACCUUCAGAGGUGAGA